AUGAAGAUUUUACUGCUGUUAUCAUUAGCCAUUGUAUUGACAUUGGCGUCACCACCUCAUCGCGAACCUUACGAUGUUGAGUUUACACCUUUUGCGGUGGGAGAUGGAAAUUAUCGAUUAAACGACGAUGUUCUUCCCGAGUCAUAUGAAAUCACUUUGACACCAUAUUUUGAAGAUCAAUCAAAUGGCAAGAAAGCUUUCACCUUUGAUGGUUUAGUUAUGAUUUCUAUGAAAGCGACAAAAGAUAAUGUUGAUAAGAUCGUUCUGCAUCACUAUGACAUGGAUGUCGAAAGUUAUUUCUUUACCAGAAAUGCAACUGUCGAACCUAUGGAAUUAUACGACCCAUCAACUUAUGAUAAUCAAACCGAUAAAUGGGAAAUUAAUGUUUCACCUCCAAUAUCGCCAUCUGACGACAUAAUUCUUACUGUUAAUUAUGUUGGCUACAUGCGUGAUGAUAUGAAAGGAUUCUACAAAAGUUAUUACUAUGAAGGUGGUCAAAGAGUUUGGAUGGCAUCAACACAAUUUCAAAGAGCAGAAGCUCGUCGAGCUUUUCCAUGUUUCGAUGAGCCUGGAUACAAAGCAAUGUUUAAACUAAGAAUGAGACGACCACCUACAAUGAAUACUGUGUCGAAUACAGAAAGAGUGGCUGAAACUGAUUUUGUAGUUAAUGGAAUGACAUGGAAACAAGAUGAAUUCGAGUGGACUCCUAAAAUGUCAUCAUAUUUGCUUGCUUUCAUUGUUUCUGGUUACGAAGCUCAACAGAACAGCGAUGGAACUUUUGGCGUGUGGGCAAGACCAGAAGCAAAGAAUCAAACAACUUUAGCUCUUGAUUUUGGUCAAGAAAUGUUGGCUGAAUUAAACACACUUUAUGGCAUUGAUUACUACAAAGAGAAUAUGACGAAAAUGGAUAUUGCAGCAAUUCCCGAUUUCAGUUCGGGUGCAAUGGAGAAUUGGGGACUUUUAACUUUCCGAGAAACGAACGUUUUAUUUUAUCCCGAUGACACUCCAUCGCUGAACGAACAAAGGAUCAUAGCAGUGAUAACUCAUGAACAAGUUCACAUGUGGUUUGGUGAUUUAGUGACAUGCAAAUGGUGGAGUGAGACUUGGUUGAAUGAAGGCUUUGCACGAUAUUUCCAAUUCUUAGGCACUGCAAUGUUAAGAACUGAUUGGGAGUUGGAAGAACAAUUUGUUGUUGAAAAUUUGCAACUUUCAAUGCAAAUUGAUUCAACUGAUGACACGCAUCCAAUGACUGAACCAAAUGUUAAUACGAAACCUGAAGCAAAUGCUAUUUUUGAUACAAUUUCUUAUAGCAAAGCAGCAGCAAUCAUAAGAAUGUUAUCGUACAACAUUGGCUUACCUAAAUUUCACGAAACUUUACGCUAUCAUUUGAGUACUAACCGUUAUCAGACUGUAGAACCUGAUCAACUUUUCGAAGCUAUUGAUGAAGUGAUGGGAGAAACAGAAACGAGUAACUUCUGGGCACCUUGGACUAAUACCAGCGGAUUUCCACUUGUAACUGUCACAGAAGUUGAUGGGACAACAUUAAAGUUAACACAACAUCGAUUCAUGAGAUCGGGAAUUGAUGACAGCAAGAAGGAACUUUACAAUAUUCCCAUAACUUAUGCAAUUGAUUCAGAGAACUACGACGACACCGUUCCUAAAGUCAUUUUCGGAAUUGAAGACGGAGAAACAAAAGAAAUUCAACUGCCGAAGGAACCAACAAAGUAUUACAUUCUCAAUCCGAAGCAGACAAACUUUUACAGAAUCAAUUACGAUGAAGAGAAUUGGAAACAAAUUCGAGAAGCUCUUUACAUGAAUAAUCACGACAAUAUUCACGUCAUGAAUCGAGCACAGAUUGUCGAUGAUUUAUUCAACUUAGCAAGAGCUGGAAUCGUUGAUUACGAAACUGCAAUGGACAUCAUUGGGUACAUUAAGGGAGAGAAGCAUUACAUUCCCUGGUUGUCCGCUUUCAGUCAUGGUUUGACUUUCUUAUCUCAACGACUUUCCACUGAUGAAGAUCAUGAAACGUUCGCGAAUUUUAUUCGAGACAUGACGACCGAUAUUUACGAUCAUCUCGCCUUUGAACCCAAGACAAGUGACAGUCGAACUGACAUUUACAAUCGAGUCAACAUCUUAACAUGGACUUGCAAAUAUGGACACGAAGGAUGCAUCGAACUGGCGAAAGAACAUUUCGCUAAAUUCAAGAGUGAUGGAACGAAACCACAUAAAGAUCUUCGCAGCGUAGUUUACUGUAGUGGCGUUCGUGAAGGAGAUGAAAGUGACUUCGACUUCUUGUACGAUCGGUUCAUGGAUGAAGACAUUGCAGCUGAACAACUUAAUUUGUUAGGUGGCAUGGCUUGCACCAAAAACUCCGAUUCGGUCAAUAAAUAUUUGGAUCGUCUUAUUAAGACUGAUGACAUUCGUGCACAAGACAGAACUACAGCAAUCAACAACAUGUUGAAUUCCAACCCUGAAGGUCCACAAUUCUUGUAUGAUUACAUCACCACCAAUUACGUUGACUGGCGAGAGAAAUUCAACGGAUUGGCAACAUUGACAACUGUUGCUGGAAGAUUCACGAAAGUUGAACAAUUCGACACUUACCAAACCUUCCUUGAUGGAAUUCAAACUGAACUCGACUCUUCCUUUGAUUCAUUACAGAAAUCUUUGAAUGACUUGAGAGCUAAUUUAGAUUGGGAUGAAAAGUACAUGAAAGACUUCCUUGAAGCGAUCAGUUCAGCGCCAAUGACAGUUUUCUCCAUCAUCGUAUCAGUUUUAUCGUUCACCACAAGUGACAGUCGAACUGACAUUUACAAUCGAGUCAACAUCUUAACAUGGACUUGCAAAUAUGGACACGAAGGAUGCAUCGAACUGGCGAAAGAACAUUUCGCUAAAUUCAAGAAUGAUGGAACGAAACCACAUAAAGAUCUUCGCAGCGUAGUUUACUGUAGUGGCGUUCGUGAAGGAGAUGAAAGUGACUUCGACUUCUUGUACGAUCGGUUCAUGAAUGAAGACAUUGCAGCUGAACAACUUAAUUUGUUAGGUGGCAUGGCUUGCACCAAAAACUCCGAUUCGGUCAAUAAAUAUUUGGAUCGUCUUAUUAAGACUGAUGACAUUCGUGCACAAGACAGAACUACAGCAAUCAACAACAUGUUGAAUUCCAACCCUGAAGGUCCACAAUUCUUGUAUGAUUACAUCACCACCAAUUACGUUGACUGGCGAGAGAAAUUCAACGGAUUGGCAACAUUGACAACUGUUGCUGGAAGAUUCACGAAAGUUGAACAAUUCGACACUUACCAAACCUUCCUUGAUGGAAUUCAAACUGAACUCGACUCUUCCUUUGAUUCAUUACAGAAAUCUUUGAAUGACUUGAGAGCUAAUUUAGAUUGGGAUGAAAAGUACAUGAAAGACUUCCUUGAAGCGAUCAGUUCAGCGCCAAUGACAGUUUUCUCCAUCAUCGUAUCAGUUUUAUCGUUCACCCAAUCAAAUGGCAAGAAAGCUUUCACCUUUGAUGGUGAAGUUAAGAUUUCUAUGAAGGCGACGAAAGAUAAUGUUGAUAAGAUCGUUCUUCAUCACUAUGACAUGGAUGUCGAAAGUUAUUUCUUCACCAGAACUGGUGAUCCUGAAACUAUGGAAUUAUACGAUCCAUCAACUUAUGAUAAUCAAACCGAUAAAUGGGAAAUUAUUCUUCCAGCUCCAAUUUCGCCAUCUGACGACAUAAUUCUUACUGUUAAUUAUGUUGGCAACAUGCGAGAUGAUAUGAAUGGUUUUUAUAGAAGUUAUUACUAUGAAAAUAAUGAAAAAGUUUGGCUCGGUUCAACUCAACUUCAACAAACAGAAGCUCGUCGAGCUUUUCCAUGUUUCGAUGAGCCCGGCAUUAAAGCUGAAUUCAAAUUAAGGAUGAGACGACCACAAACUAUGAAUACAAUUUCCAAUAUGAAUAAAAUUUCAGAAGUUGAUGUGCUUGUUAAUGGACUGACAUGGAGAGAAGAUGAGUUCGAUUGGACACCACCAAUGUCAACAUAUUUGCUUGCUUUCAUUGUCUCCAAAUACAAAGCGAAGCAAAACAGCGAUGGAAGUUUUGGCGUGUGGGCAAGACCAGAAGCUGAAGAACAAGCAUCUCUCGCUCUUGAAUUCGGACAAAAUAUGCUUGAAAUUUUUGGAAAUUAUCUCGGAAUUAGUUACUAUGAAACAAAUAAUGUUAAAAAUGUCACGAAAAUGGAUAUGGCGGCAGUUCCUGACUUUAGUGCUGGAGCUAUGGAAAAUUGGGGACUUCUGACAUAUCGAGAGACGGGAGUUUUAUAUUACCCUGAUGACACCCCAACAUUAAGCGAACAAAGAAUUGUUGCAGUCAUUGCUCAUGAACAAGCUCACAUGUGGUUUGGCGAUUUAGUGACGUGCAAAUGGUGGAGUGAAACUUGGUUGAAUGAAGGCUUUGCACGAUAUUUCCAAUUCUUUGGCACUGCCAUGAUUUAUGAUGAUUGGGAGUUGGAAGAACAAUUUGUUGUUGAAAACUUACAGCAAUCAAUGCAACUUGAUUCAACUGAUGACACGCAUCCAAUGACGAAUCCGAACGUCAAUACAAAACCUGAAGCUUCGGGAAUAUUUGAUAAUAUUUCUUAUAACAAAGCUGCAUGUAUCAUCAGAAUGUUAUCGCAUUAUAUUGGAAUGGAGAAGUUUGAAGAAAUUUUAAAUCAUUAUUUGGAUACCAAUCGGUACGAAUCUGUAAUUCCUUCGAAUUUGUUCAAUGCUAUUGACGAUGUGAUGGGAGAAGAAACAGAAACGAGUAACUUCUGGGCACCUUGGACUAAUACCAGCGGAUUUCCACUUGUAACUGUCACAGAAGUUGAUGGGACAACAUUAAAGUUAACACAACAUCGAUUCAUGAGAUCGGGAAUUGAUGACAGCAAGAAGGAACUUUACAAUAUUCCCAUAACUUAUGCAAUUGAUUCAGAGAACUACGACGACACCGUUCCAAAAGUCAUUUUCGGAAUUGAAGACGGAGAAACGAAAGAAAUUCAACUGCCGAAGGAACCAACAAAGUAUUACAUUCUCAAUCCGAAGCAGACAAACUUUUACAGAAUCAAUUACGAUGAAGAGAAUUGGAAACAAAUUCGAGAAGCUCUUUACAUGAAUAAUCACGACAAUAUUCACGUCAUGAAUCGAGCACAGAUUGUCGAUGAUUUAUUCAACUUAGCAAGAGCUGGAAUCGUUGAUUACGAAACUGCAAUGGACAUCAUUGGGUACAUUAAGGGAGAGAAGCAUUACAUUCCCUGGUUGUCCGCUUUCAGUCAUGGUUUGACUUUCUUAUCUCAACGACUUUCCACUGAUGAAGAUCAUGAAACGUUCGCGAAUUUUAUUCGAGACAUGACGACCGAUAUUUACGAUCAUCUCGCCUUUGAACCCAAGACAAGUGACAGUCGAACUGACAUUUACAAUCGAGUCAACAUCUUAACAUGGACUUGCAAAUAUGGACACGAAGGAUGCAUCGAACUGGCGAAAGAACAUUUCGCUAAAUUCAAGAGUGAUGGAACGAAACCACAUAAAGAUCUUCGCAGCGUAGUUUACUGUAGUGGCGUUCGUGAAGGAGAUGAAAGUGACUUCGACUUCUUGUACGAUCGGUUCAUGAAUGAAGACAUUGCAGCUGAACAACUUAAUUUGUUAGGUGGCAUGGCUUGCACCAAAAACUCCGAUUCGGUCAAUAAAUAUUUGGAUCGUCUUAUUAAGACUGAUGACAUUCGUGCACAAGACAGAACUACAGCAAUCAACAACAUGUUGAAUUCCAACCCUGAAGGUCCACAAUUCUUGUAUGAUUACAUCACCACCAAUUACGUUGACUGGCGAGAGAAAUUCAACGGAUUGGCAACAUUGACAACUGUUGCUGGAAGAUUCACGAAAGUUGAACAAUUCGACACUUACCAAACCUUCCUUGAUGGAAUUCAAACUGAACUCGACUCUUCCUUUGAUUCAUUACAGAAAUCUUUGAAUGACUUGAGAGCUAAUUUAGAUUGGGAUGAAAAGUACAUGAAAGACUUCCUUGAAGCGAUCAGUUCAGCGCCAAUGACAGUUUUCUCCAUCAUCGUAUCAGUUUUAUCGUUCACCGUCUUGCAGAUAUUCAACUGAUUUGUUUUUUAUGUUUUGAAAGAAAUUUAAUGAAAUUAACUGCGAUGAUGAUCGUUUAUUACUUAAUUUUAUCCAAUAAAAAAUAAUUAAAUUA